AUGAGAAAGACCCUUACCUAUAUCGCCAACUCUCUUCUACAGGGAUGUGACCCUUUUGCCCAAUCUCAACGCAGUAAACUGCAAAAUCGACGAGCUCGCAUUAAUCAGCAAAUCAACAAAGAGAUGCGCAUGAGAGCUGGAGCCGAGAACCUGUUCAGGGCAACAACAAACAACAAAGUAAAAGAAACCCUGGCUCUGGAACUCAGCUUCGUGAACUCCAAUCUACAACUUCUUAAAGAAGAACUAGAGGAUCUCAACAGCAACAUGGAAGUCUAUCAGACAGAUAGUGAGGCUGUGAAUGUUCCCAUGAUCCCACUGGGGUUAAAAGAAACCAAGGAAGCUGACUUCACCAUCCCGAUUCAGGACUUCAUCUGUGAGCACUAUGGAGAGGACAGCUUACUCUAUAAGAAUGAGAUAAAAGAGCUUAUGGACCUCAGACAGGCUAUGCGUACUCCCACUCGUAACCAGACUGGUUUAGAGUUACUGAUGGAGUACUACAACCAAUUGUACUAUCUGGAUCAACGGUUCUGUCCUCCACAUAGGAAUCUGGGUGUCCACUUCCAAUGGUAUGACUCUCUGACAGGCGUUCCAUCAUGUCAGCGUGCGUUGGCCUUUGAGAAGGGGAGUGUGUUGUUCAACAUCGGUGCUUUGUACACACAAAUCGGAGCGCGACAGGACCGCUCCACUAAAGCUGGCAUAGACCGAGCUAUAGAUGCUUUUCAAAGAGCUGCAGGUGCGUUUGAUUAUCUGAAAGAGAAUUUCUCCAAUGCACCAAGUCUAGACAUGAGUGGGCCAGCACUGUGUAUGUUAGUUCAGCUCAUGGUUGCCCAAGUGCAGGAGUGUAUCUUCGAAUACAUCAUGCACACCACGCAGUACACCGAAUUGAUUUCCUUGCUGCGUCUGGCACAAGAGGCUGCACAGGUUUCAGAUGUCUACCUGCUAGUGCAACAGACUAUGUCACAGCCAUUGAUGAAGGACUAUGUACCAUUUUCGUGGGCAUCUAUGGUUCAGGUCAAAUCUGAACAUUUCCGUGCCCUCUCGCACUACUUUGCUGCUACAGUACUCUGUGACUGCAGGUUCUCUGAAGAAGUCUACGAGGAAGCAGAAAAAGCUUUCCUCUACUUCUAUGUCAGCACACCUGCAGGGCCACUGCCCUGCCAGAUUUUAAGGGACCCAGAAAAAAGACAAAGGUUUGGUAAAGCCCAUCUGCGGCAUGCAGUAAUGAGACAUGAAGAAGCAAUGCGGGUCCACAGUCUGUGUAAGAUCUUAAGGAAGAUGGACAUACUGCAGGAUGUACUAGCUGUAACACAUAAACGUUCUUUGGACAAGUACUCUGAACUGGACAAAGAGGAUGACUUUGAUGAAACUGUAGCCGCACCAGAGAUACAGUCUCAAAGUCACCGAAAGCCAGAAAUCAUUCCACUCAACUUUUCUACUGUCCAAGUAUCAGAUAUCUUCAAAAAGCUAGGACCGUUGUCAGUGUUUUGUGCUCGGGCUCGUUGGGGCCCAGUGCGUAUGAUCCGACUGCAGAGUCGAGAAGGUGGACUGGGUCUCACACUCAGAGGUGACUCACCGGUCUUGGUGACUGGAGUUGUCUCUGGAGGCUGUGCAGCGGAGGCAGGACUGAGGGAAGGAGACUAUAUUGUAGCAAUUGAUGGGCAAGACUGUAAGUGGGCUAAACACAGUGAAGUGGUGAACAUGCUCAAGAACUGCAGCGUCAAUGGAGUGGACCUCGGCGUGAUUACAUUACAAGAUACACAGGCUGAGAAAAGGGCACUUUUACUUUCUCACACCAACGAUAAAGAAAACGCUCGACAGAGGGUGGUGGCUGGGGCUAAAGGACAGAGCUCUGUCUCCUUGCUGCAUUGGAACAGAAAGAAAAGGGAAGGCAACAAGACUUCCAACAGAUUGGGCAGCUCUUUCAGUUUGUCGUUUGGAAACCUCAAAGACACUGAGGCCAUGUACUGA